AGCUAGAGAAGACAUCAGACUUCCCGUCAGCUGAGUUCUCUGUGGUGGAGGAUGUGACUCUUCACUUCACCUGUUUGAUGGACAGGUUGAACGAGCAGCGUCUCUUCCAGCCUGACCUCUGUGAUGUGGACAUAGUGUUGGUGCGCCAGCGCAGUACCUUCCCUGCCCACAAGGGGGUGCUUGCGGCCUACAGCCCCUUCUUUCACUCCCUGUUCUCCCAGAGCAAGCAGCUGCGCCGUGUCGACCUGUCUCUGGAUGCCCUCAGCUCCCAGGGCCUACAGCAGAUCCUUAACUUCAUCUACACCUCCCGUCUGUUGGUCAGUAGCCGUAGCGUCAGAGAUGUGCUCAACGCCGCCACCCUGCUGCAGAUGACGGACAUUGCAGCUUCUUGCCGUGACCUCAUCAGCAGCCAAUCACUAAGGGCCGCGGUAGAAAACCUGGCCAAUCAGGAUGGCCUCGGAGAUCCUGAUUCCAUGACAACGACCCCCGGCUGUCAGCUGUACCGGGAGAUCAAGCAGGAGGCAGAAUUAGGGAGGGCAGAGUUAGAGAGGGUGUACACUCGGGAGGGUAACAGCCCUUUCUCUGUGAGGGUGGAGGACGGACAUGGAAAGAGCCAGCAGCAUCACCCUCCCUCCUCCCAGACCUCCCAGACCUCCCAGUCCCAGSCCAAGCAGUACUACUACCAACAAGAGAACAGGGAGAGUGGGGGAGGAGGAGGGAGGGGUCUGUUUAAGCUGGAGGGGGGCGGGGAGCAGAUCAUCGUAGAGGUCAACCUCAACAACCAGACACUCAACGUCUCCAAGGGGUCAGAGAGCAAGGCUGUCGCCACAUAUACCACCGACACCGCCAUGUUCACCCGCUCCCAUGGUGACCAGAGGGACGAGGAGGAAGAGGAGAACAAGGAAGAGGAUGAUGAUGGGCAGGUCGGGGAGGAGGAAGAGGAGGAGGAUGAAGAGCAGAGAGAGAGAGAGGAGGAGAUGGAGAACAGCAGCRAAGAGGAUGAAGAGGAGGAAGAGGAAGAGGAGAACAAUGAUAUGAACAUACCAGCAGAGGAGUCUAUUAUGAUGAACAGGCCUCGUCCGGGGACUAGAACCCUGGAGGUCGCCUCGACAACCGUCUCCAUGCGGCAGACCCUUGGUGACGCCACCCUUGCCAACCGUCACCAGGGCAGGAAGAGGAAGCAGAACCCUGAGAGUGUAGGUCAGAUGGUCAGACUGGAGGAGAAGCAACACUUCCCCUGUAAGAAAUGUCCCAGAGUCUUCAACAACCGCUGGUACCUGGAGAAACACAUGAACGUCACUCACAACCGCAUGCAAAUCUGCAACAAGUGUGGAAAACGCUUCCUACUGGAGAGUGAACUACUGCUGCACCAUCAGACCAACUGUGAGAAGAGUAUACAGUGUGUAACGUGUGGCAAGGCCUUUAAGAAGCUCUGGUCUCUCCAUGAGCACAACAAGAUCGUUCACGGUUACGCUGAGAAGAAGUUCUGCUGUGAGAUCUGUGAGAAGAAGUUCUACACCAUGGCACACGUCAGGAAGCACAUGGUCGGUGAGUACUAUCAGCAUGGUAACGCCAUAGUAACGGAUGGAGUUCCCAUUUGCUUCAGGGAGACCAAGAAAACCAAGGUGACAUGCCCAAAUGGCUAUCGUCCCGUCGUACUCACCUCUAUCAUCAUGAAGUGCUUGGAGAGGCUGGUCAUGGUCCAUAUCAAGGCCACUUCCGGCCGGGCAGCGGAGGGCAGGUUCGGGUCGAGCAACGGUCCGCGCUGGUCUUUUGGCGCAACACGACUGCUGGAGGUGACCAUGGACGGCUUCCCAUGUUUCAUCGCGCGCACCUGA